CCAUUACCAACCUCUCAGCAUAAUGAUAUUCUCGAGCCUAUGCUCCGCCUAAUGAGCGGCCUUCCUAUUCCUUCUUGGACACCUAAUCCUGAGUCUGCAGACUCGGACGAAAAAUGUAUCUCAGAAAUUGAAAACCUUCUACUACUCGCGGAAUCUUGGGAUGCUCCAGGUCCUUUAUCAUUCCUUCGUUUCGGAAUUACAGCGCCCAUGUUUUUGGAACAGCCACUUCGUCUGUAUGCACUCGCUACACAUUUCGGCUGGGUACCAGAGGCCAAGGUGGCGUCCAAGCAUUCUUUGGGUUUGAAUCUUUAUGAUGAUGAACACGAAGAGGUCCUAAAGCGCCUAUCUGCGAAAGAUCUACUCAUAUUAUUAAGGCUCCAUCGUGCUCGGAGAGACCAGAUGAAGGUGUAUUUGGAUGAUCAAGACGUGUUCACCCUAGGGAAUUCUGAAAGUUCCCGAUGUGUUGCUUGUAAUAACGAAGUGGACAAUUCGGCGUGGAGAGAACUGAAGGCUCGCAUUUUCCAGGAGAUGGAUCGAUGUUCGAAGGGUGACUUUGUUGGCUCUUGGGAAAUGGAAGAAUGGAAGGAAACGGACAGAUGUUGGAAAGUUAAGUGU